CCUAGGCCCCAGUCGUUUUCUUUUCACUGUUAAGAAAUAGUCUUUCUGAUCAAGCUCUGUAGUAGUUAUUAAAGCCGAAUUGGCUACCGCUCUCAUUUGUUUCCCGAGUUAAAAUGAGUGAUCAAGGAGGAAAAAAAGUAGAUGUGGAAACACAGUUGGAGACUUUGCCACCAUCAAGCAAAAUAUCCUAUUGGUGCGGCACGCACAACGGAAUGACUAAAAUAGAUUACGAGUUGACCAUCCAACGACUGGCCACUCUAGAAACUUUUAAAGACUGGGAAGAGUAUCUUUCAUGUACUUUUUUCAAAGAACUAACCGGUGAUCCGAAAUUGAUUUUGCACUUUUACGAUAUAGACCCCUGCAUAAAAAUCGACCUGUCUCUAAAAUUUCAAACACAAUCAGGUAGUCCUGUCCGAGUGCAGAUCGCAAUUUCGAAUGAAAACGGUGAAAAGAUUUUCUCGCAACAACACUACUUAGCUAAAGGUACUACAUUUCCUCGUUAUGUGUUUCAGAUAGAGAAAAGAUCUCUAAUGGAAUCUGAAUGUUUCGUAAAUGGGCAACUUACCAUACACUGUGAGAUUGAAUAUUUGAUACCAAACAGGUAUAAACCCUAUGAAAUGUCAGACAAGUCGCCUACACAACCAGAUCUUCAUGAGAAGCCAUUCAAUAACAGCAAUCAACUAAUUGCUCAUCUAGAAGAACUCUAUGAAACAAUAAAAUUCUCCGACUUUACUAUUAACGUCCGUGGACGUCAAUUUAAGGCCCACAAGAGCAUUUUGGCCACAAGAAGUCAAUAUUUUGCCGCGAUGUUUGAGCACCCUACUAAAGAAAACUUAACUCAUCAAGUCGAAAUUGAAGACGUCGAGCCGGACGUGUUUCAGGAAAUCCUCCGCUUUCUCUACACUGGUCGUCUGUCGGAGUCAACGAUGGGGAAGAUGUCCGCUGGAAUACUUGCAGCCGCCGAUAAAUAUAUGUUGGAACAGUUAAAAAUGGAAUGUGAGAAUCAAUUUAUUCACCGGAUGUCGGCAGAGAAUUGUCUGGAAUUACUUGUAAUCACCGAUGAACACCAUCCAGCGUUUCAUUUGAGGAAGUACGCGGUCGAAUUCUUCCGUCGUUGCUUACGCGAAGUGAUGGCAACGGACGAAUGGGAAAAGGCAGAACAAAGUCAUCCGGAGCAGUGUUUCAAGAUGCUGAAGUUGCUUGUCAAGUUUCCUUUUUAGAUAUUUUUCGGAAAA